AUGUUGUCCCUGAACAUCACACUGUGCCUCCGCAACAGCACGGUACCGGUACCUGGACAAAUCUAUUACGCAUCGCCAAUGUACUCGCAGUCCGUGCAGCAGCAUCCCGUACAUGCAGCCUAUUCGGCGUAUAAUACAACGCAUCAUCCGGCACAUCAACCAGACAGUAGAUUUGUGCCACAAUCGCAUCCAGUGCUGUCGAAUCAAGAUUCAAAUCCGCCAGCCACAAACUCAUUAGCUACACCUACGCAACAAAAUACGUGUACUUCCGUCAAACCAGAGGAUGAGCAGGUCAAUGGGAACGAUAAAAAAUCUGAGCAUUCCGACACUAGCAAUGACGAUAGCAAAGUUAAGCCGCUGGUUAAAAAGACGUCAAAACAUAACGUUAAGUCGGCUAUAAAUAAGAACUGUAAAAUUGAGGAAAAUAAUGUGGUUGCGGAUGUAAAUAUCGAAGUUAACGUCGAGAUAACGCAAAAUGGAGAGACGCAGAAUAAGGAUGACCAGGAAACCAUAUCUACUCAUACGACGACUAUCGUAUCUGAAUCUACCAUCACCAAGAGGGACGAAAUUGUAGUGAAGAUUCAGGAAAGUGUUGCAUUGAAAGAAGAUCAAGCUGAAAAUGCUAUCAAAACGCCAACUGACUCCUCAGCCACGUCAA